AUGAUCCUGGCUUCCCCGUUGGUCUCCUUCACCAGCUUCUGGAUCGCACUGAUGCCGGUUAAAUGUGCUGCUUCUGAAAUCACGAAGUCCCACCCGCAGUGCUCCUCUUCAAUGAAAAGAUCCCGGGAUAACAAACAAGAAGCCAGAAUGAGGAAAGAUGACAGUACCAAAGCUUGGCUCCUGCAAUACGAGCAACUUCUCCAUAUAGAGGAACACGACUUUGCAAUGAGACCUGGAUUUGGAGGGUCUCCAGUGCCAGUAGGUAUAGAUGUCCAGGUUGAAAGCAUUGACAGCAUUUCAGAGGUUAACAUGGACUUUACAAUGACUUUUUAUCUCAGACAUUACUGGAAAGAUGAGAGGCUCUCCUUUCCUAGCACAACAAACAAAAGCAUGACCUUUGAUCAUAGAUUGAUCAAAAAGAUUUGGGUGCCUGACAUCUUUUUUGUCCACUCCAAAAGAUCCUUCAUUCAUGAUACAACUAUGGAGAAUAUAAUGCUGCGCGUAUACCCUGAUGGAAAUGUCCUCUUCAGUCUCAGGGUAACUGUGUCAGCCAUGUGCCUUAUGGAUUUCAGCAGAUUUCCUCUUGACACUCAAAGCUGUUCCCUUGAACUAGAAAGCUAUGCCUACAAUGAAGAAGAUCUAAUGCUGUACUGGAAACAGGGAAACAGAUCCCUAAAUACUGAUGAGCAUAUUUCCCUUUCUCAGUUCUUCAUUGAGGAUUUCAGUGCAUCAAGUGGAUUCGCUUUCUACAGCAGCACAGGUUGGUACAAUAGGCUUUUCAUCAACUUUGUGCUAAGGAGGCAUAUUUUCUUCUUCGUGCUGCAAACCUAUUUCCCAGCUAUGCUGAUGGUGAUGCUUUCGUGGGUUUCAUUUUGGAUUGACCAGAGAGCUGUUCCUGCAAGAGUUUCCCUGGGAAUCACGACAGUGCUGACCAUGUCCACCAUCAUCUCUGGCAUGAGCCCCUCCAUGCCCCAGGUGUCUUACAUCAAGGCCGUGGAUGUGUACCUGUGGGUCAGCUCCCUGUUUGUGUUCCUGUCAGUCAUUGAGUAUGCAGCUGUGAACUACCUCACCACCAUGGAAGAGCGGAAACAUUCCAACAAGACAGGGAAGCCUUCUGGAAUGUAUAAUAUUGAUAGAGUUGAAGCCAUGGCCUUCGAUGGUUGUUACCAUGACUGCAAGACUGAAAUGGACCAGACUUCCUUUUCUCUACACUCAGAAGAGGACUCCGUACAAGAAAGAUCCACAGGCAGUGCCAGCACAAAUUCAUCUCAGAUAAAGAGAAGGCAAUCCUUAGGAGAGGAUGUUGGUAGAAUCAUUCUGGAGAAUAACCAUGUCAUCGACACAUAUUCAAGGAUUUUUUUCCCCAUUGUGUAUAUUAUAUUUAAUUUGUUUUACUGGGGCAUAUAUGUGUGA